AUGUGUAGUUUCCACGGUGUUGUGGGCUCCCUUGAUGAUGGAAAGCUCCAUCACGUUACAGAAAAACUCGUGGCCUUUGAAUAUGUCAAGCCCAACACGCCCUCGCGCCCUCACAGUCUCGUCUUCGUCGGCGGACUGGGUGAUGGCCUCGGCACUGUCCCGUACUUGAAAACCCUCAGCGCUGCGGUAGCGAAUACUCAAUGGUCUCUGUUCUCUUUGAUCCUGAAUUCGUCCUACGAAAUGUGGGGCAUGGGCCGGCUGGGAAGAGAUGUGGAAGACAUUGCACAGGGUGUGGAAUAUAUCACAAAGUACAAGAAAUCCCUACUGCCCGACCAAGCCCCCAAAAUCGUGGUCAUGGGCCAUUCUACUGGAAGCCAAGACGUCUUGCACUAUCUUUACUCGCCUAAUCCGCUGCCUAUCGACCCCAUCUUUGAUGAAGGUUUACUUCACAUUCAUCGACCCGCACUUGACGGUGCGAUUAUGCAAGCGCCCGCCUCUGAUCGUGAGGGGCUGCUUGAAAAGUUUCAUGAUAAAGGCAAGGGAGCAGAGCAGGAUGGCGUAUACUUGCAGCUAGUCGAUAUGGCCAAGAGAGUCACAUAUGCGGAGGGAAAUACACAUGAUGUCUUACUACCAUUGUCAUUGACUAGUAAACUGGGAUUCCCUCCCGUUCCGCUAUCCGCAAGGCGAUUUCUGAGUCUCGUGAGCCCAGAUAGCCCAGAGAAUCCUGAAGAAGACGAUGUGUUCAGCUCGGAUCUGACUGACAAACGGCUUGAUGAAACAUUCGGAAUGAUCGUAACCAGGAAUCUACUGAAAACAAAACUUCUGGUUCUGUACUCUGGGGACGAUGAAUAUGUCCCUAAAUCCUUGGAUAAAGAAAAGCUUCUGCAAAGGUGGAAAAAGGCAGCAGACAAAUCCUUCCAGAAGAUUUGGGAUGAUGAGUAUAGUGGCGUUGUCCCGGGAGCCUCGCACAAUCUCGGAGGCGAUGGUCAAGAUCAGGCACGGCGUAAUCUAGCGGCCCGAGUCACAGGCUAUUUGGCAAAUGUCGAGAAAUCAGCAUAA